AUGCCACAACUUCGUAGUGGAGCACGUAGAUCAAAACGGAUUGGAGAUAUUCAACCUGUUGAUCAAGCUGAAGACAUUGUUGCUCCCAUUCAAAACAGAACAAGAAGGAAAACUGGUGGAGGAAGAGGAAGAGGUGGAAAUGCUGCAGGUGUAGCAAAAGGGCCUUCAGCAGCAAUCCCUGUUGUGAGGCCAACUGGUAGAGGCAGAGGCAUUAGAGCUGUAGAACCUGGUGUUGCAGAUAAAGAUAUGGAGGGUGGAAGUGCUGAUAAAAUAAUGGGAGUUGAAGAAGAAGGAAAUGCAACUCCUGUUCCUGAAAGAGUACAGGUGGGAAAUUCCCCUAUGUAUAAGACUGAAAGGAAGCUGGGAAAGGGUGGUUUUGGUCAGGUUUAUGUUGGUAGAAGGGUGACAGGUGGCAGUGGUAGAACAGGUCCAGAUGCAGUUGAAGUAGCAUUGAAGUUUGAGCAUCGUAAUAGUAAAGGUUGCAACUAUGGUCCUCCUUAUGAGUGGCAAGCGUACAGCACAUUGAAUGGAUGCUAUGGGAUUCCAUGGGUUCACUACAAGGGUCGGCAAGGUGACUUUUACAUUCUGGUCAUGGACAUGCUUGGACCAAGUCUUUGGGAUGUUUGGAAUUCUUUAGGCCAAUCAAUGUCACCAAGUAUGGCAGCUUGCAUUGCUGUUGAGGCAAUAUCAAUUCUUGAAAAGCUUCAUGCAAAAGGGUUUGUUCAUGGAGAUGUGAAACCUGAAAACUUUCUACUUGGUCAACCUGGAUCAGUUGAUGAAAAGAAGCUAUAUCUUAUCGAUCUUGGCUUGGCUUCGAAAUGGAAAGAUUCAUCAUCUAAUCAGCACGUUGAAUACGAUCAACGACCUGAUAUUUUCAGGGGAACAAUAAGAUACGCGAGUGUACAUGCACAUUUAGGUCGUACAGGUAGUAGAAGAGAUGACCUAGAGUCACUUGCAUACACAUUAAUAUUUCUCAUAAAAGGAAGGUUACCAUGGCAAGGAUACCAGGGAGACAACAAAAGUUUCCUUGUUUGCAAGAAGAAAAUGGCGACCUCACCUGAGCUCAUGUGUUGUUUUUGUCCUGCACCUUUCAAACAAUUCCUUGAAGCAGUUACAAUUAUGAAAUUUGAUGAGGAACCAAAUUAUGCUAAAAUGAUAUCUUUCUUUGACACUCUUAUUGAACCAGUUACAUCAUUAAGACCAAUCAGAAUUGAUGGGGCCCUCAAGGUGGGACAAAAGAGGGGUAGAUUGCUUAUAAAUUUAGAAGAAGACGAACAACCAAAAAAGAAAGUAAGAUUAGGUAGUCCUGCUACACAAUGGAUAUCAGUUUACAAUGCGCGUCGCCCCAUGAAACAAAGAUAUCAUUACAAUGUUGCGGAUACAAGGCUUCGUCAGCAUGUAGAAAAGGGAAAUGAAGAUGGUUUAUACAUAAGCUGUGUGGCUUCAGCUUCUAAUCUUUGGGCCCUAAUUAUGGAUGCAGGAACUGGUUUCUGUUCUCAAGUUUAUGAAUUAUCAUCCGUCUUUCUUCACAAGGAUUGGAUAAUGGAACAGUGGGAAAAGAAUUUUUAUAUCAGCUCAAUUGCUGGUGCUGCAAAUGGAAGCUCUUUGGUUGUUAUGUCUAAAGGGACACCUUACACACAGCAGUCGUAUAAAGUGAGUGAGUCGUUUCCAUUCAAGUGGAUAAGCAAAAAAUGGAAAGAAGGUUUUCACGUGACUUCCAUGACGACAGCUGGCAAUCGGUGGGGUGUUGUGAUGUCGAGAAACUCUGGAUACUCUGAACAGGUGGUGGAGCUUGAUUUUCUGUACCCGAGUGAAGGAAUACACAGGAGAUGGGAGAGUGGGUACAGGAUAACAUCUAUGGCUGCUACAGCUGAUCAAGCUGCUUUUAUACUCAGCAUUCCAAGACGCAAAAUGAUGGAUGAGACUCAAGAAACUUUAAGAACAUCUACAUUUCCAAGCAGUCAUGUUAAGGAGAAAUGGUCAAAGAAUCUUUACAUUGCAUCGAUAUGUUAUGGGCGAACGGUUUGCUGAUUGAUGUUGGAAGUGGAAGUGGAAGUGCAGCUGAUUUUGGAAUUGAAAUGAAUUGUGUUUGUGGGUUGUUUUUGUUAUAUGAUGAAUGAGUAGGAAGGGCAAAGUGGAAAUGUAAAUCUGGGAAAUGGAUAUUUUGAAAGGAAAAGAAACAUAGAAGAAGCAAGAGAAACAUAUGCGUUUUUUUAAACCCCAUCCGUAACAUAUGUGGUUUGUGGUAGAGUUAAGUAUUGUACUCCUUAAGAUUUAUG